CAGAAAGCGAUUACAAUUUUGCCUUUCGAGGAAACCUGACCAUAAGUCUGGCACAGUAUUCGGUUAGUCGCACUCUGCCCGUUUAUCUCGACGUUCAAACCGGUCGGUCAAAAAGAAGUUCAAGUGGAAUACGAAAUGGAAUUGCAGACGACACAAGCUACCAAGUGGUACGACUUCUUACCCCGAUGUUUCACGUACUCAACGGCAUCUUUGCUACGCCUUGUCAAAACCAAACUUCUUCAGAGUAUUCUCGCCCUUACAACUUGUUUAGUUUGGGCGGAUCGUUUCGAGGAACUUUUCGCUUGCAGUUCUACUUUGCAGUGGAACAUGUUGGGAAAUUUAAUGUCAAGGUUGAGCUCAAGUUGGAGCCUGAAACAACUCAGUCAUACGCAAGGGGCUCUAUCGAUGUUCAGGUAUCUGCCACAGAGCCCAACAAACAACUUGUACGGGCCUAUCGUGAAGCCGGCAAUGUGGGUGACCGUAAUUUCUAUGCUUCAUAUCACGUGGACAACUAUGGUCGAAUUGUUUUUCCCGAAAAUUCUGUGCAUCUAGUACCGGAGUCGCGUGCAACAACUGGUGAAGAGCAAGUAUUGGACGAUUUAACUGUACGAUGGUCGGCGGUAGCUGAAUCUGUGGUUUUAGCAGGAGCAGCCUCCAACUGUUUACUGCGUCGUGAUAGUGUCGUUCCACGCGAUCAUCCGUUUUACCUGCGAUUAUUGGACCGCGGGUACUGUAGUGAGGAUUGUGCGUCAACCGACGGUACUUGCAAUCUCUUUUGUGUCGAUGUACCGCUACUGUCUUCAACGGAACCUGAUGUUUGUUCAUGCAUUACUUGCCCAAGUGAAGGUGAGAUCUGUGUUCCCGAAGGCGGUGUUUAUUCAUGUCAGUGCAAGCCUGGUUUGAAGAGAAUGGACGAUCACACUUGUAGAG